AGUAACAAAUAAUGCCAACACCAACACCCGUAUCUUCAUACAAGCCGCCCAAAGAUAUUCCAGAUUUUUUGAGCAAGAGAGAGAGGGAGCAAACAAAUAUACGCAAGAGAACUGCUGUUUUACCGAAGCGUUCUUGGAUAAAGCGCAAUCCGCGGCUAUUUCAAAUAACUUUUUUGACCUCAUCAUUGCUUAUAUUUUUCUCUAAACCACUGUACGACGCAUUCAUAGCGGACCCUUUACCCUCGAAGGGCAUUAUACCAGCACAUAAACGUUAAGGCAUGGAAUCUGUACGCAAG